GCAUCCUGCGCUGUGGCUUUCCAACCCAGCCCUGUCCUUUGCCCGCCUGCGAUCGCUCCGACGGCGAUCCGGCCUUGAUUUGUGUGCUUGCCCCCCUCACUGCUCCGACACCGUCUCCUUUGCCCCGCGGGAGCUGCAAUUAAGCCCCCCCCCCUGUCCCUCCCUCUGUGCAAUUCCACCCUUCGUAAUGUAUGUCAUCGGAGUAUGUGCCAUGGACACCAAGGCUCGCUCCAAGCCCAUGCGCAACAUCCUGAAUCGGCUGAUUGCUGCCGGUGACUUUGAGGUGGUUGUCUUUGGCGACAAAGUCAUUCUCGAUGAAGACAUCGAGAACUGGCCAAUCUGCGACUUUUUGAUCUCGUUCUUCUCGACCGACUUCCCGCUUCAGAAGGCCAUCAACUAUGUCAAUCUCCGCAAGCCCUUUUGCGUCAACGACCUGCCGAUGCAGGACGUCUUCUUUGACCGGCGGGUCGUGCUCGAGAUCUUGGACUCGGUCGGCGUCCCGACCCCGAAGCGGCUGCACACCGGCAGCCAGACCACGAUCCCCAAGUUCUCGGACUAUGUCAUCCACCGCGUCCAACAGGAGACCGGCCUGGAUCUGAAAACGCAUUUCCAUCGGUCAAGCGAGCCCGUCAUCGAGCAGCCCGACCCAGACACCAUCCGUGUCUAUGGCGAGACGCUCCAGAAGCCCUUUGUCGAAAAGCCUGUCUCUGGCGAAGACCACAACAUCAUCAUUUACUAUCCUCAGAGCAUGGGCGGCGGUGCCCGGCGCCUGUUCCGAAAGGUCGGCAACAAAUCCAGUGAAUACGUCGAGUCCCUUCAGACCGUCCGAGCCGAUGGCGACUUUAUCUACGAGGAGUUCAUGGCCGUCGACAAUGCCGAGGACGUCAAGGUCUACACCAUCGGCGAGAAUUAUGCCCAUGCCGAGACCAGAAAAUCGCCUGUCGUCGACGGUGUCGUCCGUCGCAACGCCGAGGGCAAGGAAGUGCGCUACAUCACCCCGCUCAGCGACGAGGAAAAGGAGAUCGCCACCAAGGUCGCCAAGGCGUUCGGCCAGCGAAUCUGCGGGUUCGAUCUGCUCCGAGCCAACGGCAAGUCCUACGUCAUCGAUGUCAACGGCUGGUCGUUUGUCAAGGGCAACUCCGACUACUACGACAAGUGUGCGAGCAUCCUGCGGGAGCUGUUCUUGACGGUGACCAAAACGGCCGGAUGGACCUACAACCGCCAGGCCGUCAUCUCCCGCCAAGCGAGCGACUCCAGCCGCUGGAAACUCAAGGCCUUCCUCUCGGUGCUCCGUCACGGCGACAGAACACCCAAACAGAAGCUCAAGUUUUCGUUCAAGAGCAAGCACUUCCUUGAUCUCCUCAACGGCGGAGAGGAGGAGGUUGCCCUCAAGAAGCCCGAGCAGCUCAAGAUCGUUGGCGAAGCCUGCCAGAUGGCUCUGAAGGAGGGCCUAGAUGAUCAAACAUCCCUGGAGCAGCUCAAUAUGAUUCUCUCCGCCAAGGGCGAGCUAGCCGGAACCAAGGUCCAGGUCAAGCCUUCGUUCAGCAAGAAAGAGCCCCGGACUCUCGAGAAGGUUCAGUUGAUUGUCAAGUGGGGUGGUGAGUUUACCCACGGCGGUCGUCACCACAGCAAAGAUCUGGGCGAGAAUCUGCGCAAGGACCUCGUCAUCAUCAACAAGGAAGUCCUGGAUAACGUCAAGAUCUUCAGCAGCUCCGAGGGCCGAGUGCUGGCGACGGCGCAGGUGUUUGUGCAAGCGUUCUUGAACCUCGUCAACAUCCCGGACGACAUGAUCAAGGUCAGCAAGGAGAUGCUCGACGAUAGCGUUGCAGCCAAGGAGCAGACCGAGGCCGUGAAGGUUGAGCUGCAGUCCAUCAUCAACCCUGGGAAGCCCGACCAUCAGCUGCCCGCCACGCUGGCGCUGCCCGAAGGCGCCGAGGACCCCGUCAUUCUGACCCAGGAGGUUAUCGACAUCCUGAGCCUUCUCCGCGAGAUCCUCAGAACCAACUUUGCAAAUCACGAUGUCGAGAAGAUCCAAGCGCGCUGGUGCUGUAACGAGUCACCAUUCCUGUUCCGGGAACGAUGGGAGAAACUCUUCCGCGACUUUUGCGAUGUGGAGAGGACUGCGUUCGAACCUUCCAAGAUCUCGGAGCUCUAUGACUCAAUCAAAUACGAUCUCCUCCACAACCGCGAGUUUAUCGAGGUGAUCUUCUCGUCGCCCAAGUACGGUCGCGACGUGCUGAAGCAGCUCUAUGACAAGGCCAAACUCCUGUUUGAUGUGAUUGCCACGCUAGAAUACGGAAUCACGGAGAAGGAGAAGCUUGAGAUUGGUGUGCUGAAUGCACAGGCGGUGAUUAGGGAGAUCCUGGAGGACCUGAAGGACGCUACCCAGCCUUCGACCCAGCCCCGCACCUGCCUGUACUUCACCAAGGAGAGCAAGGUCAUUUCGCUCUUGAACGUUGUUCUGCUCUCCGGGCUGCCCACCAAGGUCGCGCACUCGGAAGUUUGCGAACUCGACUAUAUGACUCAGAUCAGCUUUGAGCUUUACGAACGCACACGCGGACUAGCAUCGAGCGAAGCGCCUGAGGUCCCUCGCGAGUAUUCGCUGAGGAUCGGCUUCAGUCCCGGCGCUUCAGACCCCAAUCUGAUUGACCUGCAGCUCGACUCGCGACAUUCGCUCACGGUGAAGCCAAGACGGUGGAUCAGCGACCAUGUAUCCCUCGACGACGCUCUGGGCUUCCUGGAAGGCACCCUCAAGUUCGCCAGCUAAAGGACGUGCGUGGCUGAUGAUGACGAUGAUGAUGAUGUGGGCUCUAGAAUGACUCCUUUCGUUUGGCAAACAGCACCAACAUCUAUUGAACAUGUGAACUCACCUUUUCGACAUGCAUCGCAAGCAAUAUACAUUCGAAAUCUUCAUCAAACAAACACACAGGCUUACAUUUGGAGGGUUACACUUUAUUCAGAAAAAACGGGACAAUAUAGCCGUUUCCAUGAACAUGUAGUAUGUGCUGUGCUUGCGUCAAGCAAAGCCACAAGAAAUAAAUCAAAUCACUUUGGC